CUCUUAUCUAGAGGGCGUGUCCGAAACGAGUCUAGUAAGGCAGACUCACCUGAGAUCAUUACACCAUCAGCACAUAUGUGUAAGAUGGGGAAGGCAGGUGGACGCUGGGACUUUGAAUGGGUCUAUAACGAUCAGCCGCACACAUGGAGAAGAAAAGAAAUAUUAGCAAAAUAUCCGGAAAUCAAGUCUUUGAUGGGUCACGACCCCCAGCUGAAGUGGGUCGUGUCGGGAAUGGUAUUCACCCAGCUCCUGGCGUGUUACCUGGUCCAGGACCUGUCCUGGAAAUGGGUGGUGUUUUGGGCAUACGCGUUCGGUGGCUGCAUCAACCACUCGAUGACUCUUGCCAUCCAUGACAUUUCACACAACGUGGCAUUCGGCAACAAACAGGCACGUUGGAACCGCUGGUUCGCCAUGUUCGCCAAUCUCCCAAUCGGCUUGCCUUACUCGGCUUCCUUUAAGAAGUACCACAUUGAUCACCAUCGCUAUCUCGGAGGAGAUGGCUUGGAUGUCGACAUUCCUACUGACUUUGAGGGUUGGUUCUUCUGCACCCCCAUUAGAAAGGUGGUCUGGCUCUUUCUCCAGCCUUUAUUUUAUGCACUCCGUCCCUUGAUCGUGAACCCCAAACCUGUGACCAGGAUGGAGAUGGCGAAUGCGGUCGUGCAGUUUGUGGUGGACAUCAUCAUCUACUAUUUCUGGGGUCUGAAGCCUAUUGUGUAUCUCAUCUCUGGUUCUAUACUGGGCAUGGGCCUACAUCCUAUCUCUGGACACUUCAUUGCCGAACACUACAUGUUCUCUAAAGGUCACGAAACCUACUCUUAUUACGGCCCGCUCAACUACAUAACCUUCAAUGUGGGAUACCACAUGGAGCACCAUGACUUUCCAAGCAUUCCUGGAAGCAAAUUACCAGAGGUCAAGAGAAUUGCAGCAGAGUAUUACGACUCGCUGCCCCAACACACUUCCUGGAUGCGAGUGCUCUGGGACUUUGUGUUUGACGAAAGCGUCGGGCCCUACGCCAGAAUCAAAAGACAAUACAAACUUGGCAAAAAUGAAUAAAUCUGGAAGAUCACUGAUCCGAAGGAACAUGACACGAAGUAUUUACACAAAGUCCUAGAAAAAACCUGCAAUUGAUACGUAAUUGGCACAUGGAGGCCAUUAAUGGUUGCAUGAGAACAAAUCCGUCACAAGCUGCACCUGCAAACGCUUUAAUUUAUUUCACAAGCAACCAACGACUAUCCAUACAGGAUAAAGGAUUAAUUGAUAGCAUAACUUGAAUUCCCUGCGUUUGGGAUGAUCAUUCAUGCUCAAAGGUUGGGUUGUAUGAAAGUUAACCUUUCCAAAAUGUUUCUAUAAUUUAACUUCGGAUUGAAGCUUGUUAACGUGCGCUUUCCAUUUCUUUGGCAUGAAAUUGGAAGCGCAUGCGACCUCAAUGCAGUUAUUUGUGUAUCAUCCUGCUGUCUUUAACCUCUCCGAGUCCAAUAACAUUUUUGUGUACUCAUCAACAUCCAACGACUGAGAAGUUUCAUCGGGCUGCUUAUGACGUACUCGAGGAUGGAAGUGCUGAAGAAACGCGAUGCAUUUUCUUGAAUGUUUUUGUAGAAAUUAAUAUUUAACUAUUUUAUUCGUUUUUGCACUGAUGCAUAAUUAGAAAUAACUUUAUUAUUAAAUCUUUGUGUUAUAUAUUCUGUCGUUUGCACUCAUAAUUCAGAGCACCGCUGUGAUACCGAAAAGUUUUUGAAUAUAUAUCUGUACAUCACAAUGUAUGUCAAAUGUAAUUGUUUUGCAGUGGCUUAAUAAAAAAUGCCUGAAUGGA